UUUCAAAAACAAAUCAUAAUCCCCAAUCCAUAGUCCGAAAUUGCAGCAUUUGAGUAUAUAGAAAGAGGAGAACGAAAAAAAAAUAAAAUUAUAUGGCGUUAGAAUGUAGAAUGUUGAAUUCAUCAAUGCAAAUGCAAUCCACUCGAACAGCAACAAUAGCAGCAGCAGCUUUGCUGCCUUUGAAUCCUCUUAAAUACUCAUUUCUAUCAACCCCAAUUUUUUCUUAUUCAAAUCCCAAAUCUUCCAUUUUUUCUUCUUCCAAUCCUUCUACUCUACAACUGCAACUGGCCGCCAUGAAACCCACUUCACAUUUCUCCCAAAAUCCCUCUCCUUUCGUCUAUCUCCCCUCUGCCGCAACAUCCACAUUCUUUUCUACUGCUUAUUCCCUUAACUCGGAAUUCGCUGAUUGUAACUCGGCUGAACCCGCCUCCCAACUCGUUGUUGUCUCCUUUUACAAGUUCGCUGAUUUACCUGACCAUGCCGAUUUUCGUAACCCUAUCAAGCUUCUUUGCCAGGAAUUGCGUGUUUCAGGUGGUAUUAUUCUUGCACCCGAAGGAAUAAAUGGGAGCAUAUGUGGUACCCGUGAAGCAGUGGAGCGUGUCCUGGAAUUUAUUCAAUCUGAUGAUCGUCUGAAGGGUUUAAGGCAGAUAGAGUCUCCUGUAAAUCCGGAAGAUGAAGAGAUACACCAUGGACAUACCAGCAAAUCUCCUGUUGGAGCUGGAGAAGAUGCACCCUUCCGUUGGGAUCAUGUUAGGGUCAAGCUCAAGAACGAGAUAGUCUCUCUUGGAAUGCCUAACGUUUCUCCUACUGAGAAAGUUGGAACUUACGUAAGUCCUGAAGAGUGGAAUAUAUUGAUCAGUGACCCAAACACGGUGGUAAUAGACGUGCGCAAUACCUAUGAAAUUAGAAUUGGAAAAUUCAAAGGAGCUGUUGAUCCGCGUACAACUGCAUUCAGGGAGUUCCCUUCUUGGGUAGAAAAUAGUUUGGAACUGGCAGGUUCAGACAGCCUGCCAUCCCAGGAGGUUCAGGAAAACAAAAGAAGCGGAAGUGAGGAGGAUCCAGAAGCAUGUAAAUCACCACCUCGGGUUGCCAUGUACUGCACUGGUGGAAUACGGUGUGAGAAAGCUUCGAGCUAUCUCUUAAGCAAAGGCUUUAAAGAGGUCUAUCAUUUGAAAGGGGGCAUUUUAAAGUAUUUAGAGGAAGUUCCCAAAUCUAAAAGUCUUUGGGAGGGAGAAUGUUUUGUAUUCGACAAGCGGGUCUCUGUCGAUCAUGGGUUAGCUCAGGGAACUUACAAAUUGUGUUACGGCUGUAAGCAGCCGAUAAGUGAUGCUGACAUGGAGUCUGCUGAAUACGAGUGUGGGGUUUGUUGUCCUUAUUGUUUCUCAAAAAAAUCUGAGGAAGAAAAAGAAAGAGCACGGGCUCGACAAAGACAAUUUGAGGCUUGGGGAGUAAUCGGUGGACCAGACAAGGGCCGUCGACCAACACAAAGUACAACAAAUGAUUCACACAAUAAUAGUUCUCAGCUCUCAGAAUCAGCCUAGCAUUUCUAGAAAUGUGGAGUGUCAACUAUGAAGCAAGUUGAGUCUACUUGAAAGAGUAAGGAACUAAUUUUCUGAUUAUUGUAUGCGACAUAAAAAACAAAGUAUAACUAUCAAGCUUAGAGGACAUUACUUUUGCAAAGAGAAGCUUAUUUGACGCGGAUUUUGAUCUAAAAUUUUCAAAAACAUACGAGCAAUUUGGAUCAUGGUAGAAUUGCAAUGACGAUAGAAUCUUACAAUUUUAAUUGGAAUAAAAUUUUGACCAUUAGCAUUAUAACAUGAUUUUAUAUUCCUA